AACUGCAGCAUAGUCCUGCACCGCGAGCUCGCAUUGCGCGUGUUCACACAGGGACUCGAACGAAUCGUUACUGACUGGCGUGCACUUGGCCCUCUCGCCAUGUGGACUGCAGAGUUUGAGAAUGAUCCUUCAUUAGGUAUUAUGGAGAAGUGCUAUGCCAGAUUAGAAGCUAACAGCCGGACGUACCCGUCAGGAUACGUCCCAGCAAAGUCACCUCCCGCAGCAGUGUCUUCCAAUUCUUCUCUCCCUGCACAGACUUCACUUGCACCAUCUGCAGCUCCUGCUGCCUCAACACCGGUUGUGACACGCGUCCGCGCACCACAUACUUUCGAGGCAACAGAACCUGGGGAACUUGAUUUCGAACGGGGCGACGUCAUCCGUGUGGCUGACCGCGCUUACAAAGACUGGUGGCGUGGACAGCUGCGCGGACGAACCGGUAUCUUCCCGGUGAAUUAUGUGCUUACUGCGGCCGAACUAGCUCGAGAAGCCGAACAAGAAGCCGCGAUAUUUGCACAAGCUGCAAAUGUCGAUCGGCUACUCAUGUUGUUGCGCGAUCUCGAUUCCUCAGGUGAGCGACUGGCAGACAAGGAGAUCCAGGGAUUGUACCAGUCAUGUAUGUCGUUACGACCUAAGAUUGUGAAGUUGAUCGACAAGUACAGCCAAAAGCGGGCUGAUUUAGUUGCAAUGAACGAAGCCUUCGUUAAGGCCAGGACCGUGUUUGAUCGGAUGAUGGAGGAAAGUUUGGCUCGACAUGCAGCAGCAUACGAAAGUCCUGGGUAUGGUUAUCCUGCCCCCGUGCGGCAUGAGUACGGGCCGCAGCUAUACGGACACGGGUACGGACUUAGCCAUCCUGAGGUGCCAUUUUCUACUCCGCAUGAGCUAUCGGCCUUCGCCCAACCCUACAGCGGCUACCCCGCUCCUGCGCAGUCGCCGUACCCACAACAGCAGAUGCCCUACACCCCGACUCAGCAGCUCCCCGCCCAAGAACCUUUACAAUCGCAUGAGACACUGCCACAAGCGCAGGCUCAGCCCCAGCCAACGCAAGCGCAGUCCCAAUCAGGGGCGGAGUCUCAGACGCAGACUGGAAGUUCUCCGCAAUCUCAGGAUGGCCCUCCAUACGUCUACAAUCCGAAUGCCACAUACGCCGAUCCCAAUGUCCAGGCGUGGGCACAGUACUAUGCACAGGGUGGUAAAGACCCCGCCGGUGCUGUAUACUUCGUCUCUGUGCCCGGGGUGACAGACACCGCAGAAGGACCGGCGCCAGCAACAGAGCAAGUACAAGCCGUGCAAGGACAGGAACAAUGGAGUGCUCCAGAGCAGUAUGGACCAACGGCCGGGGUCUCAAUGACGUUGGGAUCUCAACAGCCUACUGGUUCUACAGGCGGUCCGUUGUCGCCGCAGAGCGCCCACCACGGCUGGCAACCGCCACAGCAGUCACCCUAUGGCUACGUUCCUCCACAGACGCAACCGCAGUCUUCGCAACAGUAUGCACCACCUGCAAGGAUAAGCGGUUAUGGUUCCUCGCCCAGUAGUGCAAGUGGGCAUGCGCCACCUAUGAAUGGUACAGGUGGCCAUCAGUCGCCUCUGCCGGGUGGCGGCUAUGGGGGUGGAUAUGAUUAUGGAGUAGGGGCGCUGCAGCAUCAGUUUGCUGAUAUGGGUGUUAGUAGGGUAGCACAUCAGACACAUGCGGCGUCUACUGAAGGAUGAGCUAGGUCGACGUAUGUUGUGUAGUAGGUGACCUGAAUAAAAGGUGUACAGACUCUAGUUUACUUCACUGUUACUUCAUUAAAUAUAUCUUUCUUUGGCCUACUCAGGAGAAACAAGAUCCUAC